CGUCUUACAGUCUUUCCAACGCCAGCCGGCCGUAUCGUCCGGACGUAAAACGCCAAGUUUUCAAUUGUUGCGAUAACAGACGUCGUAUUUUUACUUGUCGAUAACGCUGACGAUUACUCUUCGCCUUAAGUAUCAUCAUGUGCGGUACGGCCAACAAAAUGUCGUCGUCAGCGUACGUCGAAGAUCCGCGGCGGGUCGACUCGGUCGCCUAUCACUACUUGAGAACCAAAGAACCGAUAGCCGAUCAAGAGUACUCGCCAUCCGAAGAACCAGCGAAAACCGUCGGCCGCCCUCACGGUCACCAUAUCGGUGGCCUUCAUCACGCCGGUGUGCACGUAGCUGGCCAUCAAAAGCCCGACGAUCUGCUCACCACCGCCACGACGGCUACUAAAAACGCUUUCGACAAAUGUGUCGAGCUGUUGAGACAUUUCCAAAAGUCUCCCAUGUACAAAAUAUUGUUUUUCGCUCAGCCGGCCCACGUCAUCAUGUUGUUGGCCAUCACGUUGGUAGCUGCAUCCAUGUUUCCAAACAAUAUGAAAAAAACCAAUACAGUCGACGGUCAAGAACAUGUAAAGCCCAGGACUUUUGUCAACUUUGUCUACUUGGCCGCCUUUUGCACUCACGUGGGAGCCCAGUUCUGGAUGACAUUCAUUUCUGGAUUGAGUUUGUACUUCAACUUAGCGAGACACGCGUUCGGCGAUGUCCAGAAAAUACUUUUCCCAAAAUACUUUUCAUUGAACAGCCUGCUCAGUGCUAUCACACUAAUACAAUUUGGCAAAAUGCACGUGACUUCAAACGUGUGGGACAUGCACACUUAUCUACAAGUGUUUGUGCUCAGUCUGUGUUUCUUGUUGGAACUCAUUAUCCGGUUGUAUGUUGUGCCACCCCUACUGAAGCUCAUCACUAUUAAAAUGGCCAUCGAAAAGUCAGCUGGCGUCGGCACCGAAGUCGGCCACUAUGACAUUGGCCCGCUCGUCAACUGCCCGCACUACAUGGCCAUUCACCGGGCCUUCCGGCAAGUCCAUUUGUGCGUGGCCAUCGGCAACAUAGUGACCAUGAUGUGCACUUCGUUCCACCUGAUGUACAUCGCCUCCUAGUCCUCAGCAACAUCACAUGCUGCCAAACGACCAGAACACUCGACACUCGCCCUCGACGCGGUUGUUCAAACACGAUUGAUCAUAGAUUAAUGAUCGAGCGUAACAUUUUUUGUAUUUAUUUAUUUGUUCUCUAGUCGAUAACUUGAGAAUUUUUAAGAUACAUUUUUUAAUUGUUAGUUUUAUUCGUACUAUUUUGUAACAUCAUCAAAAUGGAUUUCAUAAAUUGAGCGAACGACACAAAAUGAAUUACGAAAACUGUAUUAAAGUGAAAUUAGCCCGUCGGAAUUUAAUUUUGAAAAGGUUAAUCGGUCUGAUGAUAUAAGUUUACUAGGUUUUGUAGCGUUUGCCGUUUGCAAAUAUUAUCUUGUUAGAACAUAGACAAUAAAAUAAGAAAAAAAUUUAUUGUUUUGUGUAAUUUUGUACAAUUUUUGUUUUAUUUUGUGUAUAAGUUUAUCGGUAGGAAUUUCAUUUUAUAUUAAUGUUUGUAAUUAUCAUUAAAGCAUUACGGUACUCGAACCGUUUAACGACAGACAGUCGGCGCGCCAACACUAACAGAAUAACCUUUGUUUAUAUACAUAAAUAUUUAUUAUAAAAUAUUAUACAUGUAUUUUUUUAUACUAAUCGUUUUAAUGUAAAUUAGAUUUACGAAAGUUCAAUUGUUUUGAGAUGAUAUUAAUUUAUGUAGGCCUACGGUUGGUAAUUUUAACGGUUCCUAUAGAACUAUCGUCAAUGUCAAAGACUGUGAAGUGUAUUUUUUUUAUAUUUCGUAGGUGGAUCGUAUCAUGUUUAGUUAAGAUAUUUUUGUUGUUAGAAUAUUCUAAUCGUUCCUAUAUUAUUACUCAUUGUUGCGGAUAUUUUUUUAGAUUUAAAUAUACAAUUAUUAUGUAUAAACAA